AGCACACAUAUAAUGAUCUUGUCUACAACGGCGGUAGGUAAGCACAGUUGGGCUGAAGUGACGAGUCCACCCCUUUUGACAGGGUGUUACUCUACCUGUUGUCUUCCAAGGGAGGAUCUCAUUUACUUAGACCUGAAGAGCCGCUUGGUAAGUAUGGGGAGUGAGCAUUCCAAAAACAAAGAUCCAAGCAAGGUCAAUCAGUGUGAUAAAAAUGGAGGACUGAAUGGCCUAGCAGAAAACAUGACAUCAAAUGGACUAGAAAAUGAAGCUGAAAGUUUGACACCAAACCAACAAACCAGCAAGGUUGCAGCAUUCAAUUCUGACGCAGAUUCUGAAUAUGUGGUGAUGCACUUGGAUAGUCAGCAAGCUGAAACCCAAGUUGUUCCCGAAAAGCCGUCCGCCACUUCUGAGACAGAAGAGGCUGAGAAACCCGGAGCAAAAAUGCAUUUUUUUGACAAAAUAUUCAAAAGGAAAGCAGAACCAGAGGCGCCAGUUGAUGCAGAGCAUGUUGCUGUAGAAGAGACUCAUGAGAAUAUUGCAAUAGAAGCAAGUCUUCCUACCACAGACACACAGCUGGAAUCCAGUUCAAGCAGAGAAGAUGGAGUCAGCACAUCAGCACCCAAAAUGGAACCGGAUUAUCUGCAUCAAGCCGAAUCAUCCACUCAGACAGAGAGAAUAGUUGAAUCAGAUAUUUCAACACAAACAAGAGAUGAUGCGGAGAGAGCACUGACCACCAAGGUCCUGGUCGGAACGGAUCGAGCCAACGAACCGAGUGAAUCCGAUAUCGUGAUCGCAAGGGAGGCGAUUGAAGAACUGUCGGACAACCAGGCAACAGGGAUCACCACUUUUGACAUCAUCAAUGAGGAUAGCGUGUUCAGGGCUGAGAGGGUGGAGGUGACUGGUGAAAUCCAGAAUCCUGAAAAAAGGAGGCUUGAUGACACUCAUAAAAUUGAUACAAAAAUCCCAGUCAAAUAUCAGCCAGUAGGAUCCAUCACUGAGAUAGCUGAUGACGUCAACGUGUCUCGGCUUCAGGUUGGAGAAGGCGGCUCAGCGGAUGAAACACUUCUGAGUGAGACUGCUGAACCUGAAGUCAUCCCCCAUGAUAUCACGGGAAGAAAUGACAUCCCAUCAGCCAAUGUUGAGCCACUAAUCACAAUGAUGGAAACCAUCUCAGAGGAGGAAGAGCAUUUGCUUCUUGAGAGACCAAAGCGAGUCUUUGAGAAUAUUGCUCAACGUGUUGAUGUGCUUGAGGAUUCUUCAGAAAGAACCACUAUUUGGUACAAAGAACUGUCAAUCAUUGACGAAGUUCUUGAACAUCAUAUUGUUAAAUGUUUAGCGGAUGCAGAUGAUAAAGACUUUGACACGGCACCGGAAACCAAUGCAGAAUCUGACUUUCCUGCAGAUGGUAACAAAGAGAAAGCAGUUGCUCUCCCCUCUCAGAUCCCCAAAUUCAAAUCUACUAUGCUUCUGGAACCUGCCAAUGAUGACCACCAACAACAAGCCAACACUGUAGUCAGGUUUGUAUCCUCUGCACAGCAGGCUGGUGAUUCAGAGCCUACCUUCAUGGAGACCAUUCACAAGAUCGCCUCUGUAGAAUCUAAACAGGACGUAAAGGCAGUCCUAGGAAGUGUUGAUGAAGCUAUACCGAUCCAAGAAUUAUCUUCUCAAUGUGAAGUCACCAAACCAGCUGUGCAAGCUGUGGCAUACCGCUCGGAACUACUCAUCAAAAUCCCCGCAGUACCAAGAAAAACUGUGGCGACCAACAUUCCGACUAAAGAUGACCUACAUUUUGAGGAAUCUACAAAGAAAGAAAAUGAAGUCAUUGAUGACGGUACACUUGAUGAAGAAUUGUCCUCUGAAUGUAAUGUCACCAACACAUUUGUGGGAGCUGGAUUCUGUUCGCAACCACUCACUGAGAUCUCAGAGACGAGUAAGAAUGAGAAUUUUACUCCUGCGAAAGGUUACUUUGAGGAAUCUCCACAGAUAAAAACUGAGGAAAAUACACCUAUUGAUAAAUCAUCUUGUGAAGCAUCUUUGGAAGUUUUGGCAGAAGACAAAUGUCCCAAACCACUUGAUCAAAUACCUGCAAUUUGCAAGCCAAUUGUAAAGGAUGCUCAAGAUGAGAUUCACUUGAAGGAUUUUACUCAGCUAAAAAAUGGAGUAGUCAAUAAAAUGACGAAAUGUGAAGCACAAAUAACAUCCGAAGCUUCUUUGUCAGAACAUGAAUGUUUUGAAACACCCAGUGAAAUCCCACAAAACUCUGAGCCAACUGUAGAGGAGCCCAUCAUCUCUGCCAAAGACAAGAGCCAUUUUGAAGAAACAUCUGAUGAAGGUGAGAUCUGUCAAUCAUCAAAACAUGCACCAGCCGAAAGUUCUGCAAUCUCAGAUGCACCCAAAGAGGAAAAUGAAAGCCCUCACAAGACUCAAGGAACAACCGGAAUAGAGCUUUUUGAUAAAGGGAUGUUUGAAAAUCUUGAUGUUUGUACAACCACUUCUACAGACACUUUGCAAGCAAAAUCAUUAACAGGGGGGGAUCUGGAUUCAUGUCGCUCAGUUCAUGAGGAUCCACUAGAAGAGAACAGUGUUGUCAAAACUGAGGACACAAAACAUGAUGUUCAAGAGUCCCUGUCCUUAAUGGAAGCGUUAGAUAUUCCUGAAGAUGAAGCUUGCCUUGGGACCUCAAAGGCUGAAUCAAGUGUCAACACAACAGAAAUUAUGCCUACUGAAGAGUGGUCAGACCAAAAGUUGGAACGCCAGGAACACAUGGAAGAUUUACUCAUGAGGCUGGAGUCUUCAUGUACAUCUGUUGUUGAAGAUUCACCCUACAGACUUCAAUAUUUUGACAUAUCUUCAUCGAGUGAUAAGAUCAUGGUUGUCAUUCAAGUAGCUCCAGAAGAACAGCAAUGAAACACAAAAACUUUUUUUGUUGUUGUUAUUUUAGGCUUUUAAAUGUACAGAACACUGCUGUAAACGUGAUUGCAUUUUGACAAUGUCAAGGCACCUGUAUUUUUAAAUAUCUAAUUCACUUUGUAAUGUAGCAAUGUUGACAAUAAAAUAAUUUAAAAAACUAUUGACUAUUCUUAUUUGUCCAUCAUGGAGGAAUGCAGAAAAUUCCCCAACAGAAGGAAGUGCAAAGACCUCCACCAACACAAUGAUCUCCACAGAAGACGUCUAUCGGUUGGGCUUGAGGAGACAUGCACAUGUUCAGAGCAGCUCUGUUAAUGUAAAGGAGCCAACACUGGAGUGAAUGGGCAAAAGGUUCCGCAGAUGACGAUUCAGUGAAUGAAUCUUUCAAAUGAGUAAAUUUGAAUGAACUCAUGCUAGUUAUUCAUCACAGUAAAAAGCACUGCCAUUCCCAUUGCUAAUACUGAUAUUAUAGAUAGAUAGAUAG